AUGGCGUUUGAGGAGGUCGAGCUAAAGGGCAAUGUCCACGUUCAAUCUGGCCGAUCCAAUGGAGACAACAACUUACCAACUGGGAGUAAAGAGCUCCGACAACGGAAUCAGCUCGAGAGAUACCUGAAUUUCUUCUCGACUUUGGCCUUCUCAGCCACCCUGAUGGCUUCAUGGGAGACGGUGGGAGGAAGUAUGGCGGCCGGAUUGCUCAAUGGCGGGCCAUCAGCAAUCGUUUAUGGAAUGGUGUUUAGCACCAUUGGCAGUGUAGCCGUUGCAGCAUCACUGGCUGAACUUGCCUCUGUGAAUCCGACAGCAGGUGCUCAAUACCAUUGGACCUAUAAUCUGAGUCCCAAGAGCCACAGGCUUUUUCUCAGUUUCUUUCAGGGAUGGGUCACGGUUUUCUCCUGGUGUUCCCUGGUCUGCCUGGCGCCCUUCAUGAUCGGCAACCAGAUUCUGGGGCUGGUUUCGUUCAACCGCGAAAGCUAUCACAUCGAGAGAUACCAGGGCACGCUGUUGACGUGGGCAGUCUUGAUCAUCCCGAUAAUCAUCAACAUUUAUGCCCGGCGGGUCCUGGCGGUCAUCGAGGUAGCAGCUGGCAUCAUGCACAUCGUCUUCCUGCCCGUGACCAUUGCAGUUCUUGUCGCUCUUGCCCCUCGCAAUCCAAAUGAGUUUGUGUGGAAUACUUUUGUCAGCGGAAUCAGCGGCUGGUCGAGUCCAGGCGUAGCUUGGGCUGUUGGUCUUCUGGGCGUGGUGACGCCCCUAGGUGGCGUGGACGGCGUCAUCCACAUGGCCGAGGAGGUGAAGAUGGCCCCCAAGACCGUACCACGGUCCAUGAUCUGGGGAACUCUCACCAACGGCAUCAUGGCGUUUGGAUACGCCAUCGCCGUCCUCUACUGCAUGGGAGAUUACAUGGAGGCCCUGACCUCUCCGACCGGAUACCCUAUCAUUACAAUCGUCUACCAGGCCACCAGGUCCAAGACCGCCGUCAACAUCCUCAUGGCCAUGGGUCUUCUCCCCGGCUGGAUUGCGCUGUUCAACGGCCUGGCAUCCGUCACCCGCCUGACAUGGGCUUUCGCCCGUGACAAUGGUCUUCCGUUCUCCGACUUUUUCGUGCACAUCGACCGCAAGCACAAGAUCCCCAUCCGGGCUCUGUUUCUCGUCGCCACCGUCGUCGUCCUCCUGUCGUUCAUCCAGAUCGGAUCCACUGCGGCCUUCAACGCCAUCCUGUCCAUCAGCACUCUCGGCCUGUACGUCUCGUACGUCAUCCCCCUGAUUCUGCUGGUGAUCAAGCGCUUCCGCGAGCCGCAGUCCAUCCCCCGCGGCGUCUUCCACAUGGGCCGCUGGGGUCUCCCCGUCAACCUCUUCGCGAUUGCAUUCGCAAUCUACGUGUCCAUCUUCCUACCAUUCCCGGCUCAGGUGCCCGUUACCCGCGAGAAUAUGAACUAUGCGGGACCCGUCCUGGGGGCGGUUAUGAUCUUCGCUUGUGUGGACUGGGUCGUGCGCGGACGGAAGAAGUGGGUGGGUCCGACGAUUGUCAGUCAUGAGGACCGACGGUAG